AUGACGAUCCGACCUUUGUGUCCAGAGUUAGCUGAAAAGGCUCGGGUGGAAUUAAACGAAGACCCGAAACGGGUGGAGAGUGAUCUUGCUUAUAUUAAGGAAUGGAUAAGCAAGCAACCUCACUUAAAUGCAAGAACAGAUGACCAAUGGCUAAUAGCAUUCCUUCGAGGUUGUAAGUUCAGCUUAGAAAGAACUAAGGAGAAGAUAGACCUGUUCUAUUCCAUGCGAACACUUGCACCGGAGCUCUUUUUUCAUAGGCACCACAAUGAUCCAGUCUUCCAAGAAAUUGUAGAAAAGGGGGCUUGCUUUAUUCUACCGAAGAAGGCUGCUCCAGACGCACAGAGUGUUUUCUUGGCUAGACCAGGAGUAUUGGAUCUGGAAAAAUACAAGGUUACUGACUUCAUGGCUGUGUCCAAUGUAAUGCAAAGGAUAAUGCUUAUGGACGAUGACAAUACAGUUGUGGCCGGGGCACGGUUUAUAAUGGACAUCGAGAAUGUUGGAAUGUCGUUUUUCAUGCAGAUGACUCCAUCUAUGAUGAAGAAAAUGUCUAUUUAUACGGAGGAAGCUAUUCCACUGCGGUUCAAAGGCGGUCAUUAUAUAAACGUAGGAAGUGGAUUUGAAACCAUCUAUAAUACGAUGAAAAGAUUUCUGAAUGAGAAAACAAAGAGCAGACUUCACGUUCACAACAGAAACUACGAAGAGAUGUAUCAGUAUGUACCGAAAGAAAUCUUGCCCGUUGAGUACGGUGGAAAUGGUGGAACUAUUCCCGAACUUGUUGAAUAUUGGAAGAAGAAGAUAGCUGAAUAUAGCGAUUGGUUGGAUGAGGACAUGCAUUAUCGUACGGAUGAAUCCAAACGUCCUGGAAAGCCAAAGUCUGCUGAAGAAAUGUUCGGAACGGAAGGAUCGUUCAGACAGCUAGAUUUUGACUAA